AUGUUUUUUUUUGUCCACAGCGAUGCACAAAACUUUUCGUCGCAACUGGCAAGUACGAGUCUCCCCAUGCCGAAUCGCAACAGCCCUUCAAGCAUGGAUCCCAAAUCGAUGGAAGGCACGGACGCUCUCUUGAUUAGCCUGGCGAAUCGCUGCGGUGGUGAUUUGCGUCAGCUUUUAUUUGUUUUUUUUAGCUUUUUAAAUCGUCGGACAGACUUUUAUUUAGUGCCGCACGAGGAUGAUCAAAAGGAAGGCAAGGCCCGAAUGGGAUUUCAAGAAGGCGAUGCUGAAAAGGUAUUGCUAGCUUCCUUUCGACACUUUCCAUUGCGAAAGAUUCCUUCAGAGAUUCAGAGCAAGGCCGCUGAACCAAAAGAUGAGUCGCCAUCCGCACCCUACGAUGACUCCGAUACGUCUUCUCCACCAAGAGAAUCUCUUUUGCCGAAAAAAAGCGACGCGGGCCCUCUCAUUGAAAACAUGAGAGGUGUACGAUUGACAGACCAAGGUUUACAGAUUCCGGUCGGCAAUGGUGGGUCAACACAUCGAUACAAAUGGACCCAGACGAUUGACGAGACGAGCGUGCUUAUUGGCAUUCCAAAUACUAUUCGCGCUAAGGAUUUGUCUGUGACAAUCAAAGCGUCUUUUAUCGCCGUUAAAACCAAAUUAGCGUUACCGCACCAGCAUGAACCACAUACUUUCGUCCAAGGCAACCUGACCCAGUCGAUUGUGCCCGACGAAUCGACGUGGACUUUGGAAGGAGGUGUGCUCAUACUUUUACUGACCAAACGAGUAAAAUCGUUUUGGAAAACUGUGGUAGAAGGAGACGACGAAAUCGAUGCUAGCUUGGUAGACUCGCGGCGGCGCAUUGACGAGUAUGACGCGUCCACACAAACACAACUGCGUAAAAUAAUAUUUGACCAGAACCAGGUAAGACGGGGAGGGGCAUCGUCGGAUGAAAUUCUUGGAACGGUUCAAGUGGAUCCUUCUUCAAUUUCCAUGCCUCCUGGUGUCGAAUAUAUUGACCAAAAGCUCCUGGACAAAAAUACAAACUAUUCCAACAAAUAG